AACAAGCCAAACGGUGUAGAUGUAAAUAAAACUGACCUGACAGGACUUUCAUAUGUGGUUCUGUGAGUGACCAGACAUGGCCUAGAUUAUAGAAGAUACAUACAUUAUACAGAGCACUGUAUCAGAAAACAGGAAGAUGGAUGACACUAAAGGUGUCUGCACGACUUCUAAAUUAAAGAUAGAGGACUGGGGUGUGUCAGAUGUGGUCAGCUGGUGUGAGAACAAACAGCUUCACAAGUUUAUCAUUCUGUUCCAGAAGCAUCAUGUGACAGGAAGUGAUCUCAUUAAUCUUAAACUGCCAUUUCUAGAUGAUUAUGAGCAUAUCUCUGUAGAAGAAAGAGAAGUGCUGCUUUCCGAGAUCUACAACUUGUUACAUCCAGAAAGAGUUCAUGCUAGCGAGGAAGAUCUCACCAAAAUCAAAUCUCCUGCUGAUAAAAAGAAAUACUAUGCUGCUAUAGAACUUGCUCAGACAAAAAGUGCCAGUCUUCCCCGAUCGUCUUCCGCAUUCGUAUAUCCUUCCCAUUAUUCCUCAGGGAGAUCUUCAUCAUCAUCAUCUCAGCCUUCACCUGUGUUCAAGCCCAGACAUAAAUCGGAAUCCGGUAUUGAGCGGAGUAGAAAUACGAAAUUUGGCAUGAAAUUGGCAGAUACCAAGAAGAGAAAAACACUUCCAAAGGUGUUAUCAAGCCCAGUUAAACCUAUGUAUGACUAUAUGAAGACUUACGGACCACAUUGUGUUCAGUGUAUAGAACUUCCUUCUCCCGAACGAGAGCAAGUUACCAUGGCAGCUGACGGUGAAGGUCAUGUGACUAUUCAGGAAGUGCCAUCUUGUUUAGCAGAAAAAUUGCACCCUGGUGACAGAGUGAUUGAAAUUAAUGGACAUAUGAUUCGGCCAUAUUUAAAGAAAGAUGGGAUAAGCCAUUUACAGGCUAUGUUGAAUUACAGAUCACCCGCUACUCUCGUCACCCUUACAGAACAUGUCCCAGCCAUGAGUAAUGACUGUACUGAUGAGAAAUGGCAGAAAUUACACACAAUGCUGGUUGAAAUGAGGGACACGGAUUCUCUUCCCGAGUCGGAUAUAGUUCCAUUUGAUCAAGAACAGUAUCUAAAACACACUAAUAUAUUGCAGGAUCAGAUAAGAAAACUUGAAGAAAAAGUAGCUGAGCAGAAAAACCUCAGUGAGACACUGCAGGUCGAACUGGAGGACAAGGAUGCUGUCAUGCAUGAUUUAGAAUUGUCACGAGACAAGGCAAUAGAAAAGCUGCGACAGACACGCAGUAAAGUUAAACAGAAAAAUACACGAGAGAGUGUGGGUGGUGCUGAAUAUUAUAACAUGACAAUGACUACCCUAGAUCUGGAGAAUGCAUCGAAGGAACAAGUUGUCAAUUCUCUGAAAGAAAUUGUGUCUGAAACAAGUAAACAAAAAUGGUAUCUGGAUAGACUUAUCUCCCUUAUUAUAGAGGAGUCACCAUGGUUACUGGAUGAGGUGGACUCAGAAUUUGAUAGCCUCACUUUGACAGACCAGACAGAGGAGUUUUGUUGAUUGAAAUUUCUUUUCUGUUGUCUGACAAAAGAAUUUGUUCAUACUUUUUGAAAAAAGGAUUCAUGUUCAUGUCUGCCUAAAUGCAGACGAAGGUUUGGUAGUACUUCUUCUGAGAAUGUGAUCAAAGGCUAAUUUCUUUAGAAUCUAUAAGAUCAGUCAGAUUCUGGUUUUCAUAUAACCUUGUAUGUAUGCAUUGUUACAUUAACCCUUACCAUGUUGGACAUGAUUGAUUCUGCCUUUGCAACCAGUGUAGAUAUGAUCAGCUUGCACAUCCUUUCAGUCUGAUCAUGAUCUGCACUGUUCUCCAUUCAGUCAGUAUCUUUUUGGUAAGCACCCUUUUUAUACGCCCGUUUGAAAAACGGGACGUAUUAUGGGAACGCCCCUGGCGGGCGGGCGGGCGGCGUCCACAGACCUUGUCCAGAGCAUAUCUUCUACAUGCAUGGAGGGAUUUUGAUGAAACUUGGCACAGUUGUUCACCAUCAUGAGACGGAGUGUCAUGCGCAAGAACCAGGUCCCUAGGUCUAAGGUCAAGGUCACACUUAGAGGUCAAAUUCAAGUAGGACUUUGUCCGGAUCAUAUCUUCUUCAUGCAUAGAGGGAUUUUGAUGAAAGUUGGCACAAUUGUUUAUCAUCAUGAGACGGAAUGUCACGCGCAAGAACCAGGUCCCUAGGUCUAAGGUCAAGGUCACACUUAGAGGUCAAAGGAUACAAGAAUGAAAACUUUGUCCGGAGCAUAUCUUCUUCAUGCAUAGAGGGAUUUUGAUGAAAGUUGGCACAAUUGUUCAUCAUCAUGAGACGGAGUGUCGUGCGCAAGAACCAGGUCCCUAGGUCUAAGGUCAAGGUCACACUUAGAGGUCAAAGGAUACAAGAAUGAAAACUUUGUCCGGAGCAUUUCUUCUUCAUGCAUGGAGGGAUUUUGAUAUAACUUGGCACAAAUGUUCACCACAACAAGACGGAGUGUCAUGCGCAAGAACCAGGUCCCUAGGUCUAAGGUCAAGGUCACACUUAGAGGCCAAAGGUCAGAUACAAGAAUGACUGUCCGAAGCAUUUCUUCUUCAUGCAUAGAGGGAUUUUGAUGUAACCUGGCACAAUUAUACACCAUCAUGAGACGAAGUGUCAUGCGCCGUUCCCUUCUUUAGAAUUACUUCCCUUUGUUGUUACUAUAAAUAGCUUAUAUUGUAACUUUUUCAUUACUAGACGUAGGGAAAAAUCGAGACCACUUUUCUGUAGUACAACAUGCAUGUUACAUCCAAUUUUGAGGUGUAUUUUGACCAGUCUCUACUUGGUAAGGAUUUUUGUGUGGACUUACAAUUUUUUUUUUGGAAUUUUUUUUUUUUUUUUUUUUUUUAAAGAUUAACUUCCCUUAGUUGUUACUAUAAAUAACUUAUAUUGUAACUUUUUUAUAAUUGACUGUACGGAAAAACCAAGACCACUUUUCUGUGGUACAACAUAGUUGUUACUUUCUAAUUUUAGGUGUAUUUUAAGGUAUCUCUACCUGGUAAGGAGUUUUUUUGUGGACUUAGAAAAACAAAAGAAUUACAAUGAUUACUAAACAACCACAAAAUUAAAAUUACAUCUGCAAAUACAGGUGCUAGAGUAAAGAAAUUUGCUGUGACGGGCGUAUAUUGUGACAUUCUGGCACUCUUGUUAACAGUUAAUGGUACUGUCCAAACUGAAAGAUGGACAGGUUCAUUACAGAAAUUUAGCAGGGUAAGGGUUAGUGUUUGUCAGCAGUUGAAAAAUUUAUUUAUCAAAGUAUCAGCUAUAGAUAAACAUUCUGAAUUUAAUGGUAUACGCAAGAGAAUGGGACCAAGCUUUUUUAUUGUACUAUGAUAAUAUAAAGUUUUAUUUUUGAUUCUAUAGAAUAUUCCUUUUUUGCAUGUUCAAACCCUUCGUAUACAAUGUAGUAAUUUAUGGUUUCAUGUUUCAUUUUAUGCAGGAUCUAUGUCUUCUAGAGUUGAUUUUAAUGACAAAUUUGACUUAAGUAAUUAGUUAUGUAAGGUAGAUUUUAUACACCUGCAAAACAUUUUAUGUGAUCAACUAUUGCUAUAGGCAUCUGGCAUCCACUUCAGUUGUACACUCACUUACCUGAGCACUUUUCCAGACUUGGUCACAACGUUUAUGCAUAUAAUGUUUGGAUAACCUGCUAGAUAGUCAGAGUGGCUCUGGAGUUACGGCCCUUGAAUUGCUAAAACUUGCAAUAAUUUAGUGUCUGUUCUGUAACUUGAGUUGUUCUUAUGCAGUAUUCACAAAUUUGGUUAUUUGUUGUUAUAAUAUCUCAUCCAGGUUCGAUAACCAGUUGGAUUGUCUCUGUGGUUAUGGCUAUUGUGUUACUUAAAAUUGUGGAGUUUGACAGUGCCUGCUCUCUAACUUGAGCAGUUCUUAUCCAAUGGUCACAGAAUAUAGUUUUUUCAUGUUAUAACAUCUGCCAUGAUUCCUGAGGGAUUCUGAAGAUGUUAUAACACGAAAAGAGCAUGCGCUAAUGCUAUUCUAUCAUAAAAUGCAUUUAAACCAAGUAAAUGAACAUACUGUCCCUCAGCGUCAUUAAAUUUUCAUGAAAUGUGCGGUAAAGUCUAUGUUGUUUUUUCAUGUUGACGUCAUUUCCUUUUGAAUUAUCCGUUUUGGGACCCUAAUACAUUUACGCUUUGCUACAGAACGUGCAUAUAUAAAAAGGUGUUAUAACAGCAUGUGAGUGCGAGAAUCUCUCUGUUAACACACGUUUUCUCUUCUGUUAAAAAAAACCCCAAAAAGUGACAAUGACAGCAGUUUUAUGCUAGAAUUUCUUUUGCAUAUUGGCCAGGUUUGAUAACGAACCAGAUAGUCUUUGAGGCACAGGUAUCAUGGACCCGACUGAGUCAAGUAUUGAGAAAGAUGACAGCUCUGUCUGUUCAGUGAGUAGUCUAAGAGUCUUUUAAAAGUCAAAAGUAAUUUGCUGUAUUUAGCAUAUUUUGUGACAAUUUGGCACUGAGCUGAUAAUUUAUAAUGAUUGCUGUCAUGGUUACAGGACUGGUGUAUCUAUUGCUUUGGCAACAAUUCUCUCGGUGGUUGUUACUUUGACUUUUGUCAUUAUAUCUGUUGGAAAAAAUGAGUGUCUUGUAAGCUUUUGUUGAGGAAACUAUUUUGGUGUCUGUUACCAUGACGUUUCUUAUGAUUUUUGUAUAUACUGUGCUAUAGAUACUGUUUUCAUAGCAACUCAUUUCUCUCUUUAUAUAUAUAUAUAUAUAUAUAUUGUUGCAAUUGUCAUUAUAAGGUUCUAGUUUGAAGCUUGCAGGUUCGAGCUUCAGCUAAGAAACUAGCCCUAAUUUCAAGAAAAAACUUAAGUCAUUACUAAGCUAAGUCUGUUAGUUUAAAAUUGUGGUAUUGCUUAAGUUAUUGUUAUGUCUCCCACCACACAGUGGUGUGGGAGACAUAUUGAUUUACUCCGGUCUGUGUGUCUGUCACAAAGCUUGUCCGCACUCUAAGUCGAACAUUUCUCCUCCGAUUUUCACCAAACUUAAACAAAAUGUGUUUGACCAUAAGACCUUGGCCAAGUUCGAUAACUAGCUAAAUCUGUCCCGGCGUCUUAGAGUUAUGGCCCUUGAAUUACCAAAAAUCAGUCUUUUUACUCUUGUCCGCACUCUAAUUCGAAUAUUUCUCAUCCAAUCUUCACCAAACUUAACAAAAUGUGUUUGACCAUGAGACCUCGGCCAAGUUCGAUAACUAGCCAAACGGUCCAGGCAUUUUGGAGUUACGGCCCUUGAAUUAUCAAAAAAUUGGCCUUCUUACUCAUGUCCGCACUCUUAGUCAAACAUUUCUCAUCCGAUCUUCACCAAACUUGAACAAAAUGUGUUUGACCAUGAGACCUCGGCCAAGUUCGAUAACCAGCCAAAUCGGUCCAGGCAUUUUGGAGUUAUGGCCCUUGAAUUAUCGAAAAAUCGGCCUUUUUACUCUUGUCCGCACUCUUAAGUCGAACAUUUCUCAUCCGAUCAUCACCAAACUUGAACAAAAUGUGUUUGACCAUGAGACCUCGGCCAAGUUCGAUAACUAGCCAAACGGUCCAGGCAUUUUAGAGUUACGGCCCUUGAAUUACCAAAAAAAAAUCCGUCUGUUUACUCUUGUCCACUCUCUAAGUCAAACAUUUCUCAUCCGAUCUUCACCAAACUUGAACAAAAUGUGUUUGACCAUAAGACCUUACCCAGGUUCGAUAACUAGCCAAAUCUGCUCAAGCACUUUCGAUUUAUGGCCCUUGAAUUACUGAUUGGAUCCACUCAUCCAGACUAUCUAAUUGGAUCCACUCGUCUAAAACAUCUAGAGAAACUAACAUUUUUCAUAGGGGCAGUUGUGGGAGACAUGCGCUUUUCUCAAAAGCAUCUCUAGUUAUAACAGUGAAUUUAUAGCUAAAUUGAACUAUGGUUAGUAGUAUUUGUCUGCAGUACUUAUUUCAUUCACGCAAAUUCAAUAUUUCUAUUUAAGCAUGAUAUAACAUACUUGCGUUAGUAUAUUUCUUAUUUCUAUACUUUGUUUUCUGUAAAAUUAUGAAUUCUUGUUCUUUAAUCUAUGAAAUAUUAACAAUUCUGAUAUAGAUGAAAAAGUCAACAUUGAAGACACAUAAAUAUGUCUGCCUGAAAUCUUUGGAAAAAAAUAACAAAAAAGCACGCUAACACUCAGUUGCCAUUCCACGUUGUCCCAGGGGUUUGGAAAAUCCCUGUCUUACACAGGCAGUCAUAUAAGAUCCUUACAGUCUCUUCCAAAUGUGACUGUUAAUGAGAGGUUUGAAUGUAAUUGCCAGAUGUUGCCAUUUAUCAUUAUUGAAAUAUUUAUGGUAUUCAGAUGCUAUUAGUUCACUGUACUACUUUAAUAUCAGAAAUAUUUGUGAGGGAGAUAUUUUUGAUGUAAUUCCUGACUUAGUAUGUUCAUGUGAAAAAUCUCACAAAAGAUGCUGUUUUUGUUAUAGACUUUUAUAUUUUACAAGUUUUCCAUAUGUUGCGAAUAUAGUUCUUUAAGGUAGCGGAUCUGUAAGACCAAUCGGCAAUUUACGUGAUCCCCUUAUGCAGUUUUGUCAUUUUCAGUUUUACAGAAAAUGAUUUGCACUUUAAGCAUUUAGGAUCAAAGAAUGCCGAAUGGGCAAACGUGAAUACGUAAUUGCACAGAAAUUACCCAGUGUCAUUACAGGUCCACUGCCUUAACUGUUAAAUUUUUUUUUGUGCACCGACACAAUUUUAGGUCAUAUGGCGACUUUCUCCAGCUUUGAUGGUGGAGGAAGACCCCAGGUGCCCUUCCGUGCUAUUCAUCAGGAGCAGGCACCUGGGUAGAACCAUGGACCUUCCGUAAGCCAGCUGGAUGGCUUCCUCACAUGAAGAAUUCAAUGCCCCGAGUGAGGCUCGAACCCACUUGAUGAGGGGCAAGUGAUUUGAAGUCAGCGACCUUAACCACUCGGCUAUGGAAGCCCCUUAACUGUUAAAGGUUUGGGAUAGUGAUUAGGAACUUUUUAUUCCCUUAAGUCCUUAUUACCUGAAGUCCUUUAGAGGUAAGAAUGCACAGUUUUUUCAGUUCAUUAAAGUAUCUUUUAUUCUGCUAGUUUUGAAACUUUUUAAAGUCUUCAAUAAAGAAUGGCAUGCUGUUGAUGAAAAGACCAAAUCAAGCUUAAGUGUAGUGCCUUAUGGGAAAACUGUAAAUUCAAAGAAGAGUUCGGGAUGGGCUGUGCAGACUGGUACACAUGUUUUAUAUUUCUGAUAUAGAAUCAUGGUAAUUAUUUGCAUUGUUGAUGAUAGUCUAGGUUUUGACUCGGAUAUAAGCAUAUGUUGUUGAACUGUUCCAGACAGAAAAAUGGAAGCAACCUGUGUUUAUCAGAUAAUAUUCUUCUGUAUUCACUCCCUUUCUCUAAGGUCGUUAGGACUCGGUUUUCUGAAAUUUCAGAAACUGUGUGGUUGGGUUUCAGGAAUGCAUUACUUUUUGUUAGCUCCACUAUUGGGAGAAUAGGGGUGCUAUUCUACUCGCCCUGGUGUCGACCUCUCACUUUUUUUGGUUAAAACUUUUCAGCAACCUUUGUUUUUCUGUCAUAUCUUUGUUAUUAUUGCUUAUAUCUUACUGUAACUUCACAUAAACAUUGUCCAGUAUACAAACAACAUAUAUGCAGGGGCUGGGCCCAUUAUACCCAAGGUCAAGGUCACCAAGGUGUUAUACUUGGGUUAUUUUUAAGGUUAAAGUUUUUCGGCAACCUUUAAUUUUCUGUCAUAUCUUUGUUACUAUUGCUAAUAUCUGACUGUAACUUCACAUAACAUUGUCCAGCAUACAAACAAAGUAUGUGCAGGGGCUGGGCCCAUUAUAUCCAAGGUCAAGGUCACCAAGGUGUUAUACUUAGGUUAUUUUUAUGCCCCCGAAGGGAGGCAUGUAGUUUUUGAACCGUCUGUCUGUCUGUCGGUCUGUCGGUCUGUCAGUCUGUCGGUCUGUCCGCAGUUUUCGUGUCCGGUCCAUAUCUUUGUCAUCGAUGGAUGGAUUUUCAAAUAACUUGGCAUGAAUGUGUACCACAGUAAGACGACGUGCGGUGCGCAAGACCCAGGUCCGUAGCUCAAAGGUCAAGGUCACACUUAGACAUUAAAGGAUAGUGCAUUGAUGGGCGUGUCCGGUCCAUAUCUUUGUCAUCGAUGGAUGGAUUUUCAAAUAACUUGGCAUGAAUGUGUACCACAGUAAGACGACGUGCAGUGCGCAAGACCCAGGUCUGUAGCUCAAAGGUCAAGGUCACACUUAGACUUUAAAGGAUAGUGCAUUGAUGGGCGUGUCCGGUCCAUAUCUUUGUCAUCGAUGGAUGGAUUUUCAAAUAACUUGGCAUGAAUGUGUACCACAGUAAGACGACGUGCAGUGCGCAAGACCCAGGUCCGUAGCUCAAAGGUCAAGGUCACACUUAGACGUUAAAGGAUAGUGCAUUGAUGGGCGUGUCCGGUCCAUAUCUUUGUCAUCGAUGGAUGGAUUUUCAAAUAACUUGGCAUGAAUGUGUACCACAGUAAGACGAUGUGCAGUGCGCAAGACCCAGGUCCGUAGCUCAAAGGUCAAGGUCACACUUAGACGUUAAAGGAUAGUGCAUUGAUGGGCGUGUUCGGUCCAUAUCUUUGUCAUCGAUGGAUGGAUUUUCAAAUAACUUGGCAUGAAUGUGUACCACAAUAAGACGACGUGUCACACGCAAGACCCAGGUCCGUAGCUCAAAGGUCAAGGUCACACUUAGACGUUAAAGAUCAUUUUUCAUGAUAGUGCAUUGAUGGGCAUUGAUGGGCAUGUCUGGUCCAUAUCUUUGUCAUUCAUGCAUGGAUUUUAAAAUAACUAUGCAUGAAUGUGUGACACAGUAAGACGAUGUGUCGCGCGCAAGACCCAGCUCCGUAGGUCAAAGAUCCUAAACUCUAACAUCGGCCAUAACUAUUCAUUCAAAGUGCCAUCGGGGGCAUGUGUCAUCCUACGGAGACAGCUCUUGUUAAGGUUAAAUUUUUUCGGCAACCUUUGUUUUUCCGUCGUAUCUUUGUUACUAUUGCUUAUAUCUUACUGUAACUUCACAUAAACUUUGUCCAACAUACAAAAACAAAGUAUGUGCAGGGGCUGGUCCCAUUAUACCCAAGGUCAAGGUAACCAAGUUGUUAUACUUGGAUUAUUUUCAUGUUAAAGUUUUUAGAAAGCUUCGUUUAUAGACAUAUCGUUGGUACUUUAAAAGAUAAUGACUUGAAAUUAAAAGUAUUUCUAAUAACCUAGUAAUCAUCAUCUGCAUGUGUGGUUACAAUCCCCAUAACUCUGAUUGUAUUUUUGAUAGAAUUAUGCCCCAUUCAUACUUAAAGUUUUUUGGCAGUCUUCGCUUUUUGGAUAUAACUAGUACAAUAUAAGAUAAUGACUGAAACUUAAAAUGUAUCUUUAUCAUCAUCAUCUGCAUAUGUGGUAACAAUCCCCAUAACUCUGAUUUGUAUUUUUGACCAAAUUAUGCCCCUUUCAUACUUAAAUUAUUUUUUUUUAAAUUGAGACAUAUAUUCAUUUUACUGUCAAAUUGCCAAAAUAGUGGAGCACGCUGUCUUACAGACAGCUUUUGUUGAUAAACAAGUGUUAGAUAUUGAUAAAGAAGCAAGGAGAAUGUUGAUUUUUUCCAUUAUUUCAUAAGCAUUACAAACUGUUUACUCCAUUCUGCGCACUAUUUUUGGUAACUUAUUUAGAUAUCUUGCAAAAGUCUUAUUUCAGUAACUUUGUACCGCUGGUCAUUUUAACAGUUUCAACAUUUUAUUGAUUUUUGAGAGAAAAAUGUUAGCCUUUUGUAUAAGAUGUAAAUGAGUCUCUUUACCCUUAUCAUUGAUUGAUUCUGCUUUUGUGACCAGUGUAGAUCAUGAUCAGCCUGCACAUCCAUACAGUCUGAUAAUGAUCUGCACUGUUCGCCAUUCAGUCAGUACCUUUUUGGUAAGCACCCCUUUUAACAGUUAAUCGUACUGUCAAAAUUGAAAGAUUGACAAGUUUGUUAUAGAAAUUUAGCAGGGUAAGGGUUAAGAGGUUAAUCUGUAGCCUACUGACAGCAAGUGAUUAUGCCUUUGCAACCAUUGCAGAUGAAGAUCAGCCUGGCUGAUCAUGGUCUGCACUGUUUGCAAGUCAGGUCAGUAAAUUUUCAGUGAACACCCCUUCAAAUAGUAAAUGGUACUGCCCAAAUUGAAUGAUAGACCAGUCCAUUUUAGAAAUUUAGCAGGGUAAAGGUUUAAACAGAGCUCUGUAUUCUGUCUUGAACAGUCACUCCUUGAAGCAGACAAAAUUGAUUGGAGGCAUAGCCUUUAUAAUUCCAUUCUUUUUAAUAUAUUUUUAUUGCAUUUAUGAUUAUAACAUAGUCAAGGUUGUUUUUUGUAAUCAAGAAAUAAUAUUAUUUCAUGUAACACAUUUUUGUUUGCCUUAGUUAUUUAUAGAAUAGAUACAUGUAGUAAUACAGAUUUAUAUUUGACAUGACCAUACAAGUUUUAUACACGGACAAUAUUUAUUUCCUGUCUACAGAGAUACUGUAUACUGUAUAGUAAUUUUUAUGCCUACCCUUUCAAAGAAGAGGGGUAAAUUGUUUUGCUUCUUGUCGGUCAAUCUGUCUGUCUUUUUCAUCUCCAUCAGUCAUUCAGUAGAUCAUUUGGUUUCCUAUCAGUAAUUAGGGAAUAUGUGUAGAUGACCUCUGUCAUUUUGGGAGUUAGUUUGUCAAAGGUCAAGGUCACAGUUUUCUGUUUAAUAACUGAAGAAUGCUUUGGCCUACAGUUGUCAUAUCUUCAUAGGAUGAUUGCCUGUGACCAGCACAUGACCCCUAUUAUUUAGGGGUUCAGUAUGCAAAAGGUCUAGGUCACAGUGACAUUGAGAUUUAAAAUGGGUUUCCACUCAAUAACUAAAGAACACUUUGGCCUGCAAUCAUCAAGUUACAUAGGAUGAUUACCUGUGGUCAGUAGAUGACCCCUAUUAUUUUGUGGGUUAGUAAGUCAGAGGUCAAGGUCACAGUGACCCAGGCUUAAAACGGUUUUUGCCUGGUAAUUAGACACUUCUUUGACUAGUCUCAUGGGUCAACUGUCUUUAGUCAGUAUAGUCAGGAGUUGACUGCUAUAUUUUUGAUGUCUUAAUCAAAUGUCAAGGUCACAGUGUACAAAAUUAAAUAACCAAUUGCCUCUUAAAGACAAUCAUAUGCAUGUGUGUUUUACAAACAACUCUUGUUCAUUUUUGCAAAGAUGAAAACUGGGUAUAAUCUAUUUUUAAUACAUUGUUCUGUUGAUAGACAUUUUAUGAAAUUUUAUAAUGCUAAUUUAUUUUUUUAAAUUUUCUUCUCCAUUUGAAAAAUAAAUCUUAUUGUUUAUUAGUCACUUCUAGAUAUUCUUUUCAUUCCUUUCUCAAGCAUUGGGAUAUGUUUUUGAUAUUUAUUUUUUUUUAUCUCUUCUGAUAUAGAAAACUAAUAUUCUUUAUAUUUUGCUCAUCUCUAUAAACAAAGCAGUCUUCCUCACAAGUCAGAACUUUCUGUGAAAUCAGUAUUUGUGGGAGAUCAGUUUUCGUGGAUUUCGUAGUUUGGCAAUAAAAUGCGAGGAAACAAAAUUCCUGUUGAUUUUGUCUAUAAAAUUUUAAAUUAACUAACUUUUGUCUCAACAAUAUACCUUGGUCAAAACAAGUAAUAUUUGUCUAUGAAAUUUAACGAUCUUACAGUUUUUUUUUUAGAUUUUCCAGUUGAUAUUUAUCACUGACUUCUGUUCUUAUUUUGCGCUGAUUAUGAAUAUUGAGUGAAAGUAAAUGCAGUGUGAUUUAUAUACAAUUUACAAGAACACAUUUAAUGAAUCAUACACUGUAAAAGCACAUAUUUUUGCUGGGUCAAAAUUUCGCGAAAUUGAAAUUUUGAGUAUGUUCGCGAGGUUUGAUAUUCGCGAAAUUGUAAAAAUGGUAUCCUACUAGAAUUUGAAUUAUACUUUUGGUGGAUAUUUACGAGAGGAUUAAUUUUCAUGAGAUGCAGGACCUCGCGAAUAUAGCAAAAAUUAAACCCUCGUGAAAAUUUCUGCUCUUACAGUAUAAUAGGAUUUAGUUGUUCAGAAAAAUGUGACCAAAUAUAAUUUAAUACAGGGACCAGUUUGUGAUUUUGAUUAUGAUUUAGCAUACUAAUAAUUAUAUUGUACUUAGAUAUUUUUUGGGCAAUUAUCUGUAUUUGAGACAUUGUGGUCUAUCUUACGAUAUAGCAUGCAGUUUGUGGUAAAGGUUUGUGCUACAUGGUUAAGUCCCAAAAAAGAUUUGGUGCUGCAGUUGCUACGUCCAUAUUCAUUUAUGAAUUUUGGACAUAAGAAUGGCAAAUAUACAAAUAUACUAUUUGCCAUAAAAAUUUUCCUUAGUGUAUUCUCACUGCUAAAUAUUUGCUGAGCCAUGAUUGGCUAUAGGUUGAAGAUUCCAACGAAGUUUCUUUGUAAUCUGUGCUUAUUUUGCAAUUCAAGAGCAAAAUGAAAGGUAAGCAUUUUAAGGUGUUGAUGAAAACAAGCCCUGAGCAAACAUAUUGAUAAACGUUUUGGUCUUAAACUUUGGUUUUGAAAUGUAAAUUUUUUUUUUGCUCUGUAAUUAGUCAUAAAACAUUGCGUUAAUACGCAUUUUGUACCUAAAGACAGCUUUGAAAAUUUUCGUUACCAUAGAUUUGAUAUAGAUAUAGAUAUAGAUAUGGAAACCUUAAUUCUUAAGUCUCAGACUUAAAAUGUUGAUGAAUAUAGACCCUCAGGGACUUGUUGCCACUCUGACAGUAAACAUGCAAAGUAGAGUGAGUUUGAUUCUAGUCGUUCAUUAUUAACCAGGUGCUAUUUCUAUGCUUAAAUGACUAAUAAUUGUUUACUAUGCAACCUCUUGUAUAUUUUACAUAUAACUUUUUUAUAUUUUAACCUUGUAUCUAAUGUUGCCAAUAUGUUAAGAAUUAUGCAAUAAAAAAUUAAAACAGU